GCUGGCGGCGCUGCCUGGGCCGGGCCGGGCGCUCGCACCUGCCGGGCGGCUGCGGCAGUGGGCGCUCGACGCGGGCAGCGGAAGACUCCGGGGCGCUCGGCGCAGCCUGGAGUUUGUCGGUGUCAAACUUUGUGGAGGAGAGUCAUAACAUACCGGAAGACGCGGGCCGGCGUCACUUCCGGCGGCGCCCUUCUUGGCUGAGGGCUCUUCCGCUUCGUGAGGCUGUGCUUGCCCCCCGCUCCUGGAGUUUCUGGAACAGACGUGGAACUGAUAUGAAGGCCUUAUUGAAUAUGGUGUCUUGAUUUUACAAGGGAGAAUGCCUAAUGUUUGUGAGUACAAGCCCUGUGGAGCCUACUUUUAAAAAAGGGGGAAAAAAGACCUGAGCCAAAAUCAAGAGUUGGACGCUUACCUGACUGAACCACCCAGGUGCCGGAGAACACAAUGGCGAACUUUAAGGGCCACGCUCUCCCAGGGAGUUUCUUCUUGAUAGUUGGGCUGUGGUGGUCAGUAAAGUACCCGCUGAUAUACUUUCACCAGAAGGGGAAAAGCAGCCGACUGACUCGUUACCAACAGCGUCUCGAGAUCAUUGAAGCUGCAAUCAGAACCUUGUUUUCAGUCAUUGGGAUCCUGGCAGAGCAGUUUGUUCCCGACGGGCCCCACCUCCACCUGUACCACGAAAGCGGGUGGGUGAAGUUAAUGAACUGGCAGCACAGCACCAUGUACUUAUUCUUCGCCGUCUCGGGGAUCGUGGAUCUGCUCACCUGCCUCGUCAGCCAUGUUCCCCUGGGGCUGGACAGACUGGUUAUGGCCGUGGCGACAUUCACCGAAGGUUUCCUCUUCUACUACCACGUCCAUAACCGCCCACCCCUGGACCAGCAUAUCCACUCGCUCCUGCUGUGCGCCGUGUUCGGAGGGGCCUUCAGCAUCUUCGUAGAGGUGAUCCUUCGGGACAACAUCGUGCUGCAGCUCUUCCGAACCAGUCUCGUUAUUCUUCAGGGCACCUGGUUCUGGCAGAUUGGGUUUGUGCUGUUCCCACCUUUUGGAGGACCCGAAUGGGACCAGAAAGAUCACGCAAACCUAAUGUUCGUCACCAUGUGCUUCUGCUGGCACUACUUGGCUGCCCUCUGCAUUGUGGCCAUCAGCUACUCGCUCGUUUUCUGCCAUUUGACCCGGUUAAAGAGGCCCGGAGGAGAAAUCAUUGGUAUUCAGAAGCUGAAGUCAGAUCACACUUACCAGACAGCCCUCUUGAGUGGCUCGGAUGAGGAAUGAGAGGAGGCCACCCGUCACCAGUGCGGGGUGGAUGUGCCCCUCUGAGUUCAACAUGCCAGAGUGUGCAAAGAGGUAGCUCAUCUCCCUUUCAGUGCCUGCUGUGGUCUGCAGGGUUUAUACAUUCGCACCUUCUCAUUAAACUAAGGUCUCUGUUGCUAUGGUAUCCUUCAUAGAGAAAAAUGAAGCAACAAGCCCUUAUUUAUGUUCCCAUAUGAAGGGAAAUCAAAGACUCUGAAAGUUUCAGAAUAGGAUGUGGCCUCAUGGAUGAAUCCAGGAUAUGAAUCCAACAGAAAAUACUGCUUUUGAUAAAUUAUUCCUUUUUCUCUCAAGAAAACAGGUACUUUCUUAGCAGAAAUUAAGUAAACAAGACUGCCUUUAUUUUAAAGAUGCAAUUCUAGCACAUUUUUUUUUAAAGUAAAAAUUCACAAGCUUUGGUACUUUAAAUAUUACUUGUUAAACUUUUCCUAAUUAACCAUUAAUAUUCCACAAUACUGCAAUACUACUGAUAAGUGAUGAUGCUGGGCCAAAGGUGACUUUUUUUUCUUUUUUUGAAUUAGGAAGCUAGUUAGUGGCCCAGCUGAGAGCUGGAACAUAGAUGUUCUGGGUCCUCAAAAGUACUCUAAUAAGAAGAUGCUAACAGGAAGUCUGUAUAAUGAGGUAGAGAGAAAAAGGCAGGUUACUAAAGACCUUGAAUUUAAAUAUAGCUGAAAGCAGAGGGUAAGAAUCCUGCAGAAGAUGUGGAUCUUGAACUAGUAAUGUAAAGUCUCAAUACUGUAAUGUUGGUUCUGGAUGUUUCUUGUUUUUUAACUUCCUUCAACAAAUAUUUAUUAAACAUCUGCUUUGCACCAGCA